AUGAAAGUCAUUGUUGAGGGACUACAUUCAAGGGGCCACCAGGUUUCUGUUGUGCGGUCAUCAGACAGCUGGUAUAUCAAGGAAACCUCACCAUUUUAUACUUCAAUUACACUCGAUAUAGAGUCCGGAUUUGGCGAAAACUUUAUUACUACGUUUGUGGCCCAGUUGCUGGAAACCCAGAGGGAAGGGAAGUCUGCCUGGACACGUUUUAAACUGGAAAUGGAACAAGCACAAAAGGCCUCUGAGCUGCAUGAGAACACAUGCAAAAUGCUUGAGAUGCUUUUUGAAAACAAAGAGGUGAUACAAUCGCUACACAAGGCCAAAUAUGACCUUGUCCUUACAGACCCUGCUAUACCAGGGGGUGUUAUACUUGGCCACUACCUCAGGUUGCCUCUUGUUUUCAAUGUCAGAUGGACUAGUCAAGGUGAAGGCCAUUUGUCAAUAGCGCCUUCUCCUCUUUCUUAUGUUCCAAUGACAGGGACAGAGCUUUCAGAUAAAAUGAGCUUUCUUCAGAGACUUCUUAACGUGAUCAUUUUUGGCUUCACGGAAUACCAAAUUUCACAGUAUGUCUUACCAAAUUAUGUUUGCUUAAUUGAAAAAUAUUUAGGUCCAGACACAGACUACUUAUCCCUGUUUCAAGCAGCAGACUUGUGGCUCAUGAGAGUGGACUUUGUGUUUGAGUUCCCUCGUCCCACAAUGCCUAAUGUUGUCUAUAUGGGAGGGUUCCAGUGUAAACCUGCAAAACCUCUGCCUCAACACCUGGAGGAGUUUGUGCAGAGUUCUGGAGAGCAUGGAGUCAUCAUCAUGUCUCUGGGGACUUUGAUUGGAGAGCUUCCCCAUGACCUAGCUGAUGAGAUCGCUGCAGCUUUUGCCAAAUUACCUCAGAAAGUCAUCUGGAGAUAUAAAGGUGACAGACCAGCCACUCUGGGCAACAACACUUUGUUAGUAGACUGGAUGCCACAGAGUGACCUUUUAGGACACCCCAAGAUAAAACUAUUUGUGGCUCACGGAGGAACAAAUGGCGUCCAGGAGGCAAUCUACCAUGGAGUUCCUAUCCUAGGACUUCCAUUGAUUUUUGAUCAGCGUGAUAAUCUAUUUAGAAUUGAAGUAAGAGGAGCAGGGAAAAUUAUUGAUAUCUUUACUAUGAAUGAAGACACCUUCUUUCAGGGUAUUCAGGAAGUCCUAAAUGAGCCCUCUUACAAGAAGAACAUGCAGAGACUCUCCAGGCUGCACAGAGAUCAGCCGAUGAAGCCACUGGAUACCGCCCUCUUCUGGAUAGAGUUUGUUAUGAGACACAAAGGUGCAGCUCACCUGAGAACAGAGUCCUACAGGCUGCCCUGGUAUUCCUACCACUCUGUUGAUGUGAUGCUCCUCUUAGUUGGAGUUGUGCUGAUUAUUCUGGGGACCUUCGCUGCCUUAAUAAGGUGUUUAUGCUCGAUAGUCCACGCAGAUGGAACCUUUAGGAGAAAGGGUUAA